GAUGCUCUAGUCGAGAUUGCUCUUUGCGCAUGGGCGCUACCCCUCUCCAGGAGUGCGGGUCCAUUUGAAGCUCUGCUUGAAACUCCAUGGAAACCCCAUUUGAGGCUUGAUUGAAGGAAGUUGUGGAAGAAGGAAUACUAUUAAGUGGUCAGGUUACAGAUGGACUUGGAUACUUCAAAAGCAAAAUUAGUCCUCUCUCCAGUGAACAUCAAUGCCACAGCUCCUGAGAUAUUCACUGUACUUCAGAAGAGGAUGAGAAUCGCAGAAGAGCAGUCAGAUAUCAUAAUGAAUGACCUAGUAAUGUUGGGUCUGGGUGGACAAAGUCUCCAAAUUCUUUCUGGAAUACCUGUGGAGGAUUCUGAGAACCAGAAGAUCAUUCAUCCUCUCCAGGCCAGGGCUCCUUUUGUGGGAGAAAAUAAUGUUUUAUGGAAGAACUGUGAGUCUCUGGUGAAUCGUAUGGACCGACUAGAAAGAAUCAUGCAUAAUCUGAAGACAAAAAUCUCCCAACUUCAGACUAAAACAGAGUUGAAUCCACCAAAUUCAGGUUAUCUGAAAGAUCAGGAAGAGCACUCACAGGACCUGAGGGAAAUGCAUCUAGAAGUCAUGAACUUGCAUAAGCAACUUCAAGAUGUGAAAGAGGAAGGAGACAAGGCACAAGAUGAAGUUCAAAGAAUGAGUGCUGCAUUGGAGAUUGCAGCAGCAACAGAGAUGGAUGCUACAGUCGAUAAGGAUGAGUUGAAGAUCAAAAAGCGCAAAAUUACCCGUAAAAUUCAAAAACUAAGGGAACAGUUAUCUCAGGAGAAAAAUCUACGGGAAUCUCUUGAGGAAUCCCAAGAAGCUAUGCUGUGCAAAGUGCAGGAUAUGGAAACAACAGUUGAGCUGGAGCGAGAACAGGUAAAAGUUCUACAACAAGAUUGCUUAAUCUUGAGAAAAAAUAUAGAGACCACUCAAGAACAACUACAUCAGGAACAGCAACGAACAAAACAACUGCAGGCUGACUGUGCAAAGCUGAAGACUGAGCUAAGAUCCAAAGAUGACAUAAUUUCCCAGUUACUUGAAGAUGGAAAGGCAAUGCAGCUGUCUUUUAGUCAAGAGCAUAAAGAGAAUACACAUUUAAAGUCCAAGAUAGCAUCGCUUCAGGAAAUGGCAAAACAAGUCCAGAUGUUAAAUGACCAAUUGAAUAAACAGUGUUCAGAGUUGAAUAACAAGCUUCAGACUGUUACUUUGGAGAAUGUCAAACUUGUUUCAGAUCAUCAAGCUAUUUUAAAGGCAGAGCAGGAACAAGUGAUUCAGAAAUUACAGGAACAAGAUUUAAUGUUAGAUGCUGCCAGGAUAAGUAUUGCGAAAGAACUACAAAAUAGUCAGAAUGAAAGAACCCAACUUCAGAAACGUCUUGAUGCCUUACACCUUGAACACAGCAAAUGUAAACAAAAAGCAAAGGAAGCAGAAGAGAGAAGAACAACACAAAAAGAGUUACAAGAGUGUACUAUUGUUAGAUUGCGAGGAGAACUGGAAGUAGCACUAAAAGAGAGAAAAUCCCUAUUGAAGGGAAGAGAGAACCUACACAAGGAGUUAAUGAAAACAGAGAGUCAAGAGAAAAGCAAACUUGAAAUGGAAUUAAAGAAAAAUAAGCAGGAAAUGAGUGCCCUAACCAAUACCUUACAAGCCCUAGAGAAGGAGAAUAGACUGCUCACAGAUCAUAUGACAGCAAUGGAACACCAAAAAGUAAUAUCUGAAAACCAUGAGUUUACCCAUCAGCAAGUGGAGAAGGUCCUGGGAGAAAUUACUGAUAGUAAGAAUAAACUGGCUUAUGAGAAAGGAAAGCUCCAGACAAAAGUUAAACAUCUACAAAAGCAGAUAAACUUUCUUUCAAAUACCCGUUCAGAGAAUGAUGAACUACACAAGUUGAAUAAGGUUCUGGAGACAAAAUAUGCUCAGGCAAACUCAGAACUCAGUGAAAAUAAGAUAAAACUACAAAAGACAGAAGCUCAACUGAAAAAGAUAUACACUAUUCUUGAAAAGAAUGAAGAUAUUUCUCGGGCAAUUAAAUCCCGUGAUGUGUCAUCAAGAGAAAGUCAUAAAAAGAGGGGGCACCUGGAGGCUUUGGAAGAAGGGGAAAUGAGCAAGAUGGGAAACUUUCAGCGACAGCUAGCAGAGGCUAAGGAAGAUAACUGCAAAGUCACAGUCAUGCUGGAGAAUGUACUGGCUUCUCACAGUAAGAUGCAAGGAGCUCUGGAAAAGGUGCAGAUGGAAUUAGGGCGGAGGGAUUCAGAGAUUUCUGGCCUCAAGAAAGAGAGACUUCUGAAUCAACAGAAAGUACAGAAGUUAGAAGAAGAAUUGAAUGAAUGGCAAUCCAGACUCCUUAUUAUAGAAGCCCAGCAUAGUAGUGAGGUGGAACCACUACAUAGUGCGCUAGAUGUGUCUAGAGAAGACAAUAGGAAGCUUGCUUUGAGCUUGGAACAGGCUCUACAGACUAAUAACCACCUCCAAAAAAUGCUGGACCAUAUUCAAGAGAAAUUGGACACCAAAGAAGUUGAACAGCAGACUUUUGAAAAUUAUAGGGAACAGGUAGCUGAGGAAUCCAAAAUGCAAGCUGAGAUGAAUGCUGAACGUAUAGAUUCUUUGAAAAAACAGUUUCAGUCUGAGAGAGACACUGCCAGGAAAGCUGCACACCGGGAAAUAAAUGAGCUGAGGAAAGCCCUUGAUGAUGCCAACUGCAGAUCAGUGGAAGUAUCCAGGACCAACAGAGAGUUGCGACAGAAAGUGACAGAACUAGAAAAAACAUUAACCACUCUCAAGGAAAAAUUAAAGACCCAAAAGGCCCAGAUCAGGCACCAUUUGUCUUCAAAGGCUCAAAAUGUCCAGAAUACAGAGAGAAUGAAGCAAAUAGAAAGUGAAUUGAGGCAAAUGGAGCUAAUUAAGGAUCAAUAUCAGAAAAAGAAUUUUGAACAGUCAUUAAGCAUCCAGAAAUUUGUGGCUGAAAUGGCCACUCUACAGCGGGAAAUGCAGAUAUUAGCAAAGAGCCAGCAUGAUUCCUCAGCCCGAAAUAGGCAACAAGAAAUGCGAAUAGAGGCAGAACGAAAAAUGAGGCAAGAGUGGGAGGCUCGGUGCCAGGUAAUGGAAGAAACAAUCAAACACCUGAGAAAAUGUAAAGAGGUAACAGAAAAUAAACUGAAAGAAGUCAGUAUGCAAUCGGAACAGGUGAGCCAGAAGCAUGGACAUAAAAAACAGAUAACAUCUAACAUAGAAGAUGCCCACCGCUGGUUCAAGUGUAAAUUUGAUGGCCUGCAAAUGGAGCUUACCAAAAACCGGUUACAGAGGCUUCCUCAAGAAGACAAGUGGAGGGAGGAUAUAGCUUUUACAGAUGGGGUUUCAAGGUAUAAUAAGAUACCUGCUCAGUCUGCAUUGCACCGCUGGGAGACUAAACAACAGCUUAGAUAUAUGUCUAAGAAGUACCCGUCAGAGAUGGACAGGAAGUGAUAACCUCUAAGGAAAAAGCAUUGAAAAUUGCUACUACAUCUCCACAAUCAUGUGAGCCUCAGGACGUUGGCUUACUUGAAUUUCUUGGUGCUCGCUGAAGAUUUUGCUUCAAAAUUAUCCUUUUAUAAAUUAUUUUCUAUCAACAAGGAAAAAACCUAACCCCCAUGCCCCACCCACCCACCCACACAAACUGUAUAUUUAUUUGUUAUAUUAUAGAGAUGGCUUAGGACACUUUAAUAUAUUUCUAAUUUUUUAAUAAUUUCUAAUAGAAUAAGAUAUUUCUAAUCCAAAUCAACAUUAAAAUCACUUAUGGAACACCAAAUUUGAUGGCAACUUUUGUUUCAACUUAGAGUCUAAGCCUCUAAUAUCCUAUAAAUAGUUCAUGAAACAAGACUGUGGAUAAGAACCAUGAAGAGAAGAAAUUGGCUCUCUACUUUUUAAGUAAAUAUGUCAACUUUCACAUGUCUCUCUAUAAAUCCUACAUGGGGGUCCACCCAAUAUGCUGGGAACUUUUGUCUAGAUCCCUUGACAUUGUAUUGGAUACAAGUAGAGUCCAUUCAUUCCUCCCUUUCAUUAGAUAGUGAGUUCAUGUCCUUUCAUGGUCAUAGCUUCCCGGUAGUGUUCUUCUGGAGGCAUCCUUCUCUGAUCACCUAAUUCUGCUUUUCCUGUGCAAUUUGUUGUUAAUAUGUUGUUGCCUUUUCCCAACUGCUGUGUGCCUCAGUCAUUGUCUUCUGGGUGGGCAAGAAUUCUAAUUCCUCCAAGACGGGCAUUUUGUCAUUCUCAGCCACGUAGCAUUACCAGAAGAAUGUCAUUAAAAUACUGGUAUUCUUUACUGUAGAAAGAAUAUUGGGAUCAUUCAAAAAAGGGCACAGUAUCCCAAGAAAUCCAGCCCAUUCUCCUCCACCUAUCUGUCUGGGCGAAAGACCUUCUUCAUCAACUUGGUGUUUUCUAAGUGUAUUAUUAAGCCAAAUGUCGUUCAUUUGGCUCUCAUGGAGAAGGUUUGUGCCUGAAGCCACUCAGACAUGGAAAUAUUUCAACUUGCUGCUGUGUUACUGUAGGGGCUCCGGGCUGUGGGCAUGCAGAGAAUUCUUUACAACGAAGCCCUUUGGGUUGGCUGGCAUGACAAAAGGAGCUAAAAAGAAUGUAAAAUGGGCAACCGGCAGACUAGAGGGACCUCUCCAAACUGCCCUUUCAGUGUAACCUUGGAUCCUUUUUGGUUUGCUCACAUCAACAGAUGUUUGGGAAGGGAUAGUAGUAAUAUAAGAAUCCACUCCAGAACUGCUCAGUAACUCCAACAGAGAAGCAACUUCAGACCCUGAAAGCACUCCUGCCAGGCCCAGCCACAGCCAUUGUGGUCUGGCACACAAGAGGAAGGCAGGGGUACAUCUCAGUCUAACGGUGCUUCCCCCCCAAGUCGGCAUCCUAGCAGUGGUGCGUGAGACCCUCAGCAGCAGCUCUCAUUUGCUGGCAUGAAGCGAAGGGGAGGAGGGCUCCUGGUGGGCUGGGGCUGCCUGGCUUUCCUAGAGCUGAGCUCUGUUCUGAGAAUGGAACCCCAGGAGAGUCAUCACAUUGGCAUCCACCAAGAGGAAUGUGUGGAAGAUCUCACUAUAUCCAGGGGAAGUACAUAGGAAAUUUCCCUUCCAUUUGGAUGUCCUGAAUGACAAGGGCAAAAAUCUUUGCUGGGCGUGUGUCUCCUUGUUUCAUGCUUCAUUUGAUAUAAUUAAUAAUACCUAGUCAAAUAAUAUUAUCUCUCAUUAUAUCCUUUAAAGAAUCUGACUUAACCGCCUGUGUGGGGCCCUUUAUU